GAUUUUCGUCUGUGUUUGGUGACGUCAUAUUGAUGCGCCGCGCCGUCCUUGGCUGCUGCUUUGCUGGGCCUGCUGGAGGUGAAGCAACUUUCCUUUGACUUGAGCCCUCGCACGCCGACAACAUGCACACUUGGACGCAGUUAUAUCGAGCUCUUGCCACGCGAAGUCACCAGCUUCCGUGCAAGCGCCACGGAGCGGCGGUGUUGUCAGUCCGAACGUACACCGACAAUGCAGCCAUCGAUGCAGACGUCACAGUGGUGGGUUCGGGUCCGGGCGGCUACGUCGCCGCCAUCAAAGCAGCGCAGCUGGGCUUCAAGACAGUCUGUGUGGAGAAGAACGCCACGCUGGGCGGCACCUGCUUGAACGUGGGCUGCAUCCCCUCCAAAGCUCUUCUCAACAACUCGUACUUGUAUCACCUGGCUCACGGCAAAGACUUUGAGAGCAGGGGCAUCGAAAUUUCCGGCCUCUCGCUGAACCUGGAGAAGAUGAUGGCGCAGAAAAGCGGGGCGGUCAAAGCGCUCACCGGGGGCAUCGCGCACCUCUUCAAACAGAACAAAGUGACCCACGUCAACGGCUUCGGCAAGGUGACGGGAAAGAACCAGGUGACGGCCGUGACGGCCGACGGCGGCCAGCAAGUCAUCAACACCAAGAACAUCCUCAUCGCCACCGGCUCAGAGGUCACGCCUUUCCCGGGAAUUCAGAUCGACGAGGAGACGGUGGUGUCGUCGACGGGCGCGCUGUCCCUGAAGAAAGUUCCAGAGGAGCUGAUCGUGAUCGGGGCCGGCGUCAUCGGAGUGGAGCUGGGCUCCGUGUGGCAGCGCCUGGGAGCCAAGGUGACGGCGGUGGAGUUCCUGGGCCACGUGGGCGGCAUGGGCAUCGACAUGGAGAUCUCCAAGAACUUCCAGCGCAUCUUGCAGAAGCAGGGACUCAAGUUCAAGCUGGGCACUAAAGUCCUGGGCGCCACCCGGAGGCCGGAUGGAAAAAUGGAUGUGGCCGUGGAGGCGGCAGCCGGCGGCAAAAACGAGACGCUGACGUGCGACGUGCUGUUGGUGUGCAUCGGCCGGCGACCCUUCACGCGGGACCUGGGCCUGGAAGCCGCGGGCAUCCAGCUGGACAACCGCGGCCGCAUCCCCGUCAACGGCCGCUUCCAGACCAGCGUGCCCAGCAUCUACGCCAUCGGCGACGUGGUGGCGGGGCCCAUGUUGGCGCACAAGGCGGAAGACGAGGGCAUCAUCUGCGUGGAGGGCAUGGCGGGCGGCGCCGUGCACAUCGACUACAACUGCGUGCCCUCGGUCAUCUACACGCACCCCGAGUUGGCCUGGGUGGGCAAGACGGAGGAGCAGCUCAAGGAAGAGAACGUCCCCUACAAAGUGGGCAAGUUCCCGUUCGCCGCCAACAGCCGCGCCAAAACCAACGCCGACACGGACGGCCUGGUCAAGAUCCUCAGCCACAAAGAGACGGACAGGAUGCUGGGCGCUCACAUCCUGGGAACCGGGGCGGGAGAGAUGAUCAACGAGGCAACCCUCGCCAUGGAGUACGGCGCGUCGUGCGAGGACGUGGCCAGAGUCUGCCACGCCCACCCGACGGUGUCCGAGGCGUUCCGAGAAGCCAACCUGGCCGCCUCCUUCGGCAAGGCCAUCAACUUCUGAUCGUCUCGGUCCGGCGCGCCAACAGGAAGUUGCGUCCCGCAUCCAAAUUGCUACUCCACAAGACCUGAUGGCACAUUUACAUAUUCAAUAGUACUAUUAUGAGAGGGCCAACAUCCGUUUUUUGUUUUUUUUUGGUCAUUAUUUACAGUUGCAGGUUAAAAGUUGCCUUUGUAAUUACGGUGGGAUGCAGAAAUCUCCAGCACUAUAGGAACCAACCGAUCUCAAUUGGCACUUAUUUAUUUCUCCUUCCUGUAUGCCGGCGCUCCUCUGGCCUUUCGGACAUUUAUUCCAAUUCCAAAAAAUAAAUCCUUCAUUUGUGCUCAA